CUAAAUUUUCGGGAGUUGUAAAUAUAAAUUGAUAGAGACCUACGCACUGUGAAAUGGCCGCCACUGUAGUCAAUUGGACUUCUCUCCUUUCUUCCGCGACUGUUACAGCUUCUUCUUCCUCUGUUUUCACGAAAUUGCGAUCGACCCCGUUUCUUCGUCUCUCGUUUACACUCUCACCCUUGUGUUCUCGCACUAGGACGCAGCGCAUGGCUCAGUCUCUCUCUCGCUCCACUCUUGGCCUCACUCAUCCUGCUCCAAUCCAACCCCCCAAGAUCUCGUUUGCUGCAAAAGAGAUCGAUUUGGUGGAAUGGAAAGGGGAUAUACUUGCAAUUGGGGUUACAGAGAAAGACAUGGCUAAAGAUGAGAACUUGAAAUUCCAAAACCCGAUCCUGAAGAAACUUGAUUCUCAUUUGGGCGGUUUAUUGGCCGAAGCUUCUUCAGAGGAAGAUUUCUCUGGGAAAGCUGGACAGUCAACAGUUCUUAGGCUUCCUGGUCUUGGGUCGAAGAGGGUUGGGUUAAUUGGGCUUGGACAGUGUACUUCAGCUAUCGCUGCAUAUCGGAGUCUUGGUGAGGCUGUUGCUGGGGCAGCGAAGACUUCACAGGCGAGUAAUGUGGCCAUUUCACUUGCCUCUUCCGAGGGUCUCUCUGGUGACUCAAAACUCACUACUGCUUCGGCAAUAGCAUGUGGAACUGUGCUGGGGAUUCAUGAAGAUAGCAGGUUUAAGUCAGAGUCAAAGAAGCCAGCGCUGAAAUCUGUGGAUAUUCUUGGUCUUGGAACUGGACCUGAGCUAGAGAAGAGACUUAAGUAUGCAGAAGAUGUUUGCUCGGGGAUAAUUUUUGGGAGAGAGUUGGUUAAUGCACCUGCCAAUGUGCUCACCCCUGGUGUCCUAGCAGAAGAAGCUUCAAAAAUUGCCUCCAUGUACAACGAUGUUCUUUCUGUGACAAUUUUGGAUGCAGAGCAGUGCAAAGAAUUGAAAAUGGGUUCAUACCUUGGUGUAGCUGCUGCUUCAGCAAAUCCUCCACAUUUCAUCCAUUUGUGUUACAAACCACCGAGUGGUCCUGCUAAAACCAAGUUGGCUUUGGUGGGGAAAGGAUUGACUUUUGACAGUGGUGGCUACAACAUCAAGACUGGACCUGGCUGUUCAAUUGAGCUCAUGAAAUUUGACAUGGGAGGUUCAGCAGCAGUUUUGGGUGCUGCAAAAGCUCUUGGUCAAAUAAAACCACCAGGAGUAGAGGUUCAUUUCAUUGUUGCAGCUUGUGAGAAUAUGAUAAGCGGAACUGGUAUGAGGCCAGGAGACAUUGUCACAGCCUCUAAUGGAAAGACAAUUGAGGUCAACAACACUGAUGCAGAGGGAAGACUUACACUGGCAGAUGCUUUGGUAUAUGCCUGUAACCAAGGCGUAGAGAAGAUAGUUGACCUAGCAACAUUAACUGGGGCCUGCGUAGUUGCUCUUGGACCGUCAAUUGCAGGUAUCUUUACACCUAGUGAUGACCUUGCAAAGGAGGUACUUGCAGCUUCAGAGAUCAGUGGGGAAAAACUUUGGAGGAUGCCAUUGGAGGAAAGCUAUUGGGAAUCCAUGAAAUCAGGAGUAGCUGAUAUGGUCAAUACUGGUGGUCGUCCAGGUGGUGCCAUCACUGCAGCUCUUUUCUUGAAACAGUUCGUUGACGAGAAGGUUCAAUGGAUGCACAUUGACAUGGCUGGCCCUGUUUGGAAUGAUAAGAAGAAAACUGGAACAGGAUUCGGCAUUUCAACUCUGGUGGAAUGGGUUCUGAAAAACUCUUCUUGAUCUCGGUUUAGAGUUCACUGUUCUAGGGGAAACAGCUCCAACAGAUAGUAGCCAUGAAAAGAGAAGAAUUUGUUUCUGAAGGGAGAGCUCAGAGGAAUGAAAAUCAUCAUCAGUUUAGGCAUUGCAUUGGGAAUGUGGAAGCUUGCUUCAGUAAAUUAGAACCAUUUCUUCUCUUUUCCAAUAAAUAAAAAGCACAAAAACAAUUGUCUCUUCAUGCAAAAGGGCCUCUAUUGUCUGAAAUCUGGAUCAUAAAUAUAAUUACUCAAUGGUUUCUGGGUGUUUAGCCGGUAA